AUGGAUCCAAUAUCAUCACAAAUUCAAGAAUGUACCUCAAAGGAGUUGAUUGAGAUGGAAUCAGAGUUUGCAGCACACACCUAUCACCCAAUUCCAGUUGUAUUUAAAAAGGCAUCAGGCGUUCAUGUAUGGGACGUUGAAGAGAAACAAUAUUUUGACUUUUUAAGUGCAUACUCUGCAGUCAAUCAAGGACAUAGUCACCCAAAGAUUGUAUCAGCAUUGAUUACCCAAGCACAAAAGUGUGCCUUGAGUUCUCGUGCUUUCUAUAAUGAAGUAUUUCCACAAUAUGCCAAAUACAUCACCGAAUAUUUUGGUUACGAAAUGGUUUUACCAAUGAACACUGGUGCCGAAGCCGUUGAAACCAGUAUUAAAUUAGCUCGUAGAUGGGGUUACGUCAAGAAAGGAAUCGCCGAGGACCAAGCAAUCGUCAUCAGUUGCAAGGGUUGUUUCCACGGUCGUACCAUUGGUGUCAUCUCCAUGUCUGACGACCCUUCAUCCUACAAUAAAUACGGACCAUUAAUGAAUGGUAUCAUCAAGAUCGAUUACAACUCCACCCAACAAUUGGAAGAAGUGCUCUCUCAACAUGCUGAUCGUGUUUGUGGUUUCAUUGUGGAACCAAUUCAAGGUGAAGCUGGUGUCGUUGUACCUGACGAAGGUUACUUAAAGAAAUGCUAUGAACUCUGUAAGAAAUAUAAUGUACUCUUGGUCGCCGAUGAAAUUCAAACAGGUCUUUGUCGUACCGGUAGAAUGUUAUGCAGUGAUUGGGAUGGUAUCAAACCAGAUCUCGUCUUGCUCGGUAAGGCAAUCAGUGGUGGUUUACUCCCAAUCUCUGCCGUACUCGGUGGUAAGGAUGUUAUGUUAACCAUUAAACCAGGCGAACAUGGUAGUACCUAUGGUGGUUCCCCAUUGGCAAGUGCCGUAGCUAUGGCCGCACUUGAUGUACUCAGAGACGAAAACCUCGCUGAAAAUGCUCAAAAAUUGGGUGAACACUUUAGAGCCCAAAUCUCAAAUAUUAACCAUCCUGCCAUCCAACUCGUUCGUGGUAAAGGUCUCUUAAAUGCUAUCGUCAUCGAUCCAAAUUUCACUGUCUCUGCUUGGGAUAUUUGUAUUAAAUUUGCUGAAAAUGGUCUCUUGGCUAAACCAACUCAUGAUAAUAUCAUUCGUUUAGCUCCACCACUCACUAUUACCCUCGAACAAAUCGAUCAAUGUGUUUCAAUCAUUAAAAAAGUUUUUGAUUCUUUUAAAAAUUAA